AUGAAAGAAGACAGGAUGAAUGUGACCGAAUUCAUUCUAAUAGGACUUACCCAGAAUCCUCAGAUGCAGAGAAUUCUAUUUUUGGUGUUACUUAUCAUCUACAUUGUCACUGUCACAGGCAACCUGCUCAUUGUGGUCACUAUAAUCUGCAGCCAGACUUUGGACUCCCCAAUGUAUUUCUUCCUGGCAUUCUUGUCUUUGAUAGAUGCAUGCUAUUCCUCCUCCAUAGUCCCUAAAAUGUUAGCUGAUCUGCUCUCUGAUUCAAAAUCGGUUUCUUUCAGUGGCUGCAUGACACAGCUCUUUGUAGAACAUUUCUUAGGAGCUUCAGAGAUUGUCCUCCUUGUGGUCAUGGCCUAUGACCGCUAUGUGGCCAUCUGUAGACCCCUGCACUACGUGACCAUCAUGAACCACCACACAUGUCGCCUCUUUGUGGGGGUGUGUUGGGCAGUGGGUUUUCUCCACUCCAUUGGACAGAUUCUAGUUACUUUCUGGCUCCCAUUCUGUGGUCCCAACGUCAUGGAUCACUUCAUGUGUGACAUUUUCCCCCUGUUACAACUUGCCUGUACUGACACUUUCCUUGUCGGCCUCUUGGUUGUUGCCAAUGGUGGAGUAAUUUCUGUGAUCACCUUUGUGAUGUUAUUGGUAUCCUAUGUGGUCAUCCUGUGCUCCCUGAAGACUCACAGCUCUGCAGGGAGGAAAAAGGCCCUCUCUACCUGUGGCUCCCACAUCACAGUUGUUGUUUUGUUCUUCGUGCCCUGUAUUUUUAUGUAUCUGAGAUCAGUAGCUACUUUUCCCAUGGAUAAAGUCCUAACACUAUUCUUUACUCUUAUUACUCCCAUGUUAAACCCUGUCAUCUACACAGUAAGGAAUACAGAAGUAAAAAAUGCCAUUAGAAUGUUAUUAAACAGCAAUGCAAUUUCAGAAAAUAAAUGA